AUGUCCAAAGAACAAAAUAAAUUCAAACAUAUCCUCCUCGUCCCCAACAUCGUCUCAGAUCAAGCCUUCUUGCAAAGACACAAGACAUUCCAAACCUAUGUGAAAAAAGCUCAUUCAGAUCUCUAUUAUCUGUAACUGAAGAAGAUCGGAGGGUUGAGAAAAUCUAUUGCUGAAAAGGCUGAUUAUGGCUAAGUCCUACAAUAGAUCAAAAGUAACAGACUACAGAAUGAGUAUAUGAAUCAACAGAAGAAGAACCAAGGGUUUAUGUACAAUAAUUAACUAUGGUCAGAUAAGUACUACAAUCAAAUCUACCAGAUGACUCGUCUGUCUCAACUCUCAGAAGUUCUCAGCAAACAAAAAACUAAGGGGAGAGAUUAACUAAUCAAGGAUUUCGAAAUCUAUUUUAAUAAACAUGUUCAUCCUGCCAAUGAUGAAUUCGCUGAAAUAUAGAAGGUUCUCCCCAUUUCCACCUGCACUACUAAGAGUAGCUCAAGAAUCAACUCCUAAAAAUUCAUAUUAGCUACUGAAAGACGGUUAAAUUCUAAACAAGACACCCAAGAUCAUGAUACUAAUAGGAUCAAAUCUUUAUCACCUUCAUUUCAUAGGACAGUUAAUGACAAAUUAUUAACCCUCAUUGACGAAGCUAACAAUUUACACACACAAAAUCUUGAAACUAUUAAAAAAACCAGGCAAUUCUAAACUGAAUAAUCCUCUUCUCGAAAAAUAAUGCAUUCUUAGAUCCAAAGAAGAAAUGAACGCAUCAAUCUUCAAAUCACUAUGAGAAACAAUUAAAUACACUUUAAAAAUAAAUUUGUAUAAGAAAGAUUUUAGAAGGAAAUAGAAAAAUUAUCUGCUUAGAACCUUUGA